UGCCAAAAUUAACUUGUAAAGAGCUCUAUAUUUAACUGGCUUAAAGACAAACACUACAUAAAUCAAGUAUACUUGAAGAAAUAUAGAAACUAAUUCAAAUGUUUUUCAAGUUCACGUGAUGUAGGAAAAUCCCCAGUAAAUAAAACCUAAUUUUGUCGAUUUAAUUACAAUAGGCAAGUCUUUGGUGCUAUCAGCAUUAAAUAUAAUACUCUUAUUCUACCUCGGUUUACUAAAAUAUAAAUAAGCUCAUUAUCGCUAUUGCAGACUUUGUCAUCAAGAAAGAUAACUUAAAAUUAGCUGUUACUGUGUCAUGACAUUUCCAAGAGCAAAUCUAAAUGUUGAGCAAGUAGACUAAAUACAUAUGUAAAAGUUAUAAAUGAACUUUUCAACAAUACUUAUGUUUCAUGGUAUGGCUACUUAAAAAGCUUCCAAAAUCUUUAACUUGCCUCAGUUCAUCUUUCAACAAGGUAAAGUCUCCAUUCUGCCUUCAUUCAAACGUUUAUUAAGUACUUAAUGGUGCAGGCAGGAGGUAAAACACGUUCAAAAAGGAAUGGAGGUGGCUUCUAGCCCUGGAGGUGCAGGAAGGUAGGUACACUUCAGUAAACUGUGCAGUUAAUUUCUGCUUCUUCAGGCAGUUUCUUUUUCUUCCGACUCACAGAUUAACAACGAGAGUACGUCCUACAAAAAGAAGCGGUGGAAAGAAGACUGAAGGCAUGGGCGGGAGAAAACUAAAAUAAACCUGGCUCUAAGCACUCACGUUUCACCUAUACUUAACCACCCAGCUCUCUGCGGCCAGGAACCCCACCCAGCACACUGCGAGUGUCAUAAAUUUACCAACUCCAAUUUUUAAUAAGAGGCUAACAAGUUAAAAGCAAACUCAAAAGUUCCAAGGGUCGUGUAAGCCAAGGCUGUGUAAUUUCAUGCUAACUUUCGCUUGAGCAUUAAAAAAUCAAAUCAAAUCAUCUGCGUAGACAUAAAACGGAAUUAAAGAGGAACCCAAGGCGACCCGGGGAGUAAAACACGUCUCGCGAGAGUUUGACGAGCCCGAGCCGGGCCCCAAGGAAGUGGGCGUGGGUCCAGGUGGGCGGGGCUCCGGGGAUCGCGAGUUUUGGGUCGCGGACCGGGGAUCUGCGGCGGCCACGGCUACUGUGACCUCUGGUGGCGGCUGUGACCUUUCUCAGCUCCUUCCUGGCUCGCAGCCAUGGCGCAGAAACCGAUCCUGCUGCUGAUGCUGCUGCUCGGCGCAGCCCCGGUACGCAGCUCCAGCCCUCUGCCGCUGAUCGUCAACACUUGGCCUUUCAGGAAUGCAACCCAAGCAGCAUGGAGGACAUUAGCAUCUGGAGGUUCUGCGCUGGAUGCGGUUGAGAGUGGCUGUGCGGCAUGUGAGAGGGAGCAGUGUGAUGGCACCGUGGGCUUUGGGGGCAGUCCUGAUGAAUCUGGAGAGACCACGCUGGAUGCCAUGAUCAUGGACGGCACUACGAUGAACGUAGGAGCAGUAGGAGAUCUUAGACGAAUUAAAAAUGCCAUUGGUGUGGCACGGAAAGUACUGGAACAUACCACACACACCCUAUUAGCAGGAGAGGCAGCCACCAAGUUUGCCGAAAGCAUGGGGUUUAUCAAUGAGGAUUUAUCCACCAGUGUUUCUCAGGCUCUCCAUGCAGACUGGCUUGCUCAGAACUGCCAACCAAAUUACUGGAGGAAUGUUAUACCAGAUGCCUCCAAAUACUGUGGACCCUACAAACCACCUAAUAUCUUAAAGCGAGAUGGUUCUACCUAUAAAGAAACAGGAGAUAGUUACGGUCAUGAUACUAUUGGCAUGGUUGUCAUCCAUAAGAUGGGAUAUACUGCUGCUGGUACAUCUACAAAUGGUAUAAAAUUCAAAAUACCUGGUCGAAUAGGAGACUCGCCAAUCCCUGGGUCUGGGGCCUACGCCGACGACACCGCGGGAGCCGCUGCCGCCACUGGGGAUGGUGACAUUCUGAUGCGCUUUCUCCCAAGCUACCAAGCUGUGGAAUAUAUGAGAAGAGGAAAAGAUCCAACCACAGCAUGCCAGAAAGUUAUUUCAAGAAUCCAGAAGUAUUUUCCAAACUUCUUUGGAGCUGUUAUAUGUGCCAACGUGACUGGAAGUUAUGGUGCUGCUUGCAAUAAACUUUCAACAUUUACUCAGUUUCAUUUCAUGGUUUAUAAUUCUCUAAAAAGCGAGCCAACUGAGGAAAUAGUAGACUGCAUCUAAUCCAUCUUUGCUGUCAGUGUCUAUAUUUAAAGAAGAAAGAAACAGAGGCUGAAAAGGCUACUUACCGUCACUGGUGUAAUGUGCCUCAUGUAUCCUAGAGUCUUUGUGUAAAAUAAGCACAGAAAAAUAAAUUUUAUGCUGAAACAGCAUUUUCAUUUUCUAUAUCCAAAAA